AUGCCUUUCACCGCCUCCGACAUCUGCAAGAUCAUCCUUGCCAUUAUCCUACCUCCCGUUGGUGUUUUCCUGGAGCGUGGUUGCGGCGCCGACUUCUUCAUCAACAUUCUGUUGACCAUCCUUGGUUACCUGCCUGGUAUUAUCCACGCCCUGUACAUCAUCCUGAAGUAUUAA